GGAAGGUCCUGGUGUUAGCAAGGGGCAACUCUAGCAAAACCCUCCGGCACAGCACAGUGCCACCGUUUGCUUGGGACCCUAAGAGAUGGAGUCCAUCUGUUCUUCACAGGAACACGGAGCUGUCGUCGGAGCCUCGAGUGUGGGCGUGGGCCAGCGACUGUCACCCACUAGAGCAAAGUGACUCCCAUGGAGCGGGCUGGGUUUGCGCCCUGCGCGUGCAUAAAGCCCUUUAUUGAGGCGACAGGUGACGCAGGGCAUAGUGAAUAGAGCGGCGCAGAUGUUACAUCGGGCUUCUAUGUAAGGAAACGAUUGUGAUCAUUUGUCAUGGCGUAUGGCUUGCCGAGAAGGAACACAGUGCAAAAUAUUUUGAAGGGCAGCUGUUAUAAAAUACAGGAACCAUGGGACCUUGCGGAGCUCACAAAGACCUGGUAUUCAAACUUGACGAACAUCAACUUGCCGUUCUUGGGAGAAAUCGCAUUUGGUAGCCCUAUGAAUCUCUUGACAGGCCAAACCAAACAAGACUGCCCGCUCCCUUCAAUGCAAACCAUGGCACUUGAAAAGGAGUACGAAGCAAAGCGCCUAGCGAAGCUGAAGUCUAAGGAGAACGCAUGUAAGGAGAUGCAGAUUUCACUGAGGGAAAAGAGUGUCGGCCUGAGAAGACCACUUCAGCCCAAGUGACCCGACCACGUAGCGUCAAACCUGAACCUGUUUCCGGCAUCCAAGGGCGGCGAAGCUUUCGGAUUCCUCCACAGCGCUGUGUCUAUGGGCGAUGGGGCCAAUGUUGCUAGACCUGGCUCGGCGAAUGCUGACAGAGCCCCCGGGUUCCUGCCACACUCCUGUUCUUUGUGCCCCACACAGCAGCCCUCUCUGUAAGUAGAUGAGAACGCAUCUGGAGUUGAGUCGUUUUGUGUUCGCUCGUUUCAAUGUCUGUAAGAUCGCGUGCGGAAGAGGACAGUUCUUGUGAGAGUCAGCGCUCUGAAGAGACAUUUGCGAUCCCAAGGAGACUUCUCAAAACGAAGGUCAGAAAGAAGUCCUUUUAAAAUGAGAAACCGCAUUUUUUCUUUUUCUUUUUUUUUUUCUGGUUAAGAAAAACGAUUAAGAUUUCCUUUCUGUCAACUCUUCAGUUACCAAAUUUUUGGUAAAGUUUCAUUUAAUCGUUCUCACGUGCCACUUCAUGUUUAAUUUUUUUAUCACGUGGUUCUUUAAAAGUAAGACUUACUUGGCUUUUGUUCUUCUGGAAAAAAAUGUUGAGCCGCUUUCUUUCUGGCUAAUAUUCUUUCUGCAACGGACCUGGAGCAGGUGCGGCACGUGUGCGUGAAAGGGACACAGAGGGACAAAGACGGCCUCACUGUGAGGAAAAUUUAUAUUUGCAGAGAGGCUGGGAAUGAGCAAAUAAAGAGAAAGAACUGAGUUUGUAUGAACAAAGUUUUCUAGAAUUUGAAUCCAAUAAAGCAUAUUUGGAUACUA